UUCCGAAAUGAGGAGCUCCUCAGAGAUUAAGCCGCCAAGUAUGUAGAAAUCUUGAAGAAGAAAUUACCAAAUCGUUUUCGUUCUCAAUUUGUUUCUUUCUAUCCCUUGGUUUUUAUCUGUAAAAUUUUUCUGGGUCUCCGUCGAUCUUCUGUUUUUUUUUUUUCUCUGGUUUUUCGGUGGAAGGGAAACAAAAAAAAUAUGAGGAUUCGGAAGAACGCACAGCUUGGUUUGCGGGGCCUUUCUCAGGGUUCUGGGUUGCCGGUCCGUCAGGCGCACGCGUGUCAGCUGAACCAGUCGCCAUGGGAUGUGAUGUCGUCGUUCGGCGAACCAGAGGGAAACGGUCGCAACCCAUUGCUUCCUCUCCAGUUCGAAGGAGAAGAUAGCCUCAUCGGAAAUGGUAGUUUAGGCGAUUCUAUGGGCGCUGUUGAGAGCGUGGCCUCUAUGAUAGACUCCGAUGAGAGGGCUGCUGCUGAUGUGGGCGGGUUGGUUAUUGACGAUAAUGAUACGAUCAAAGUGUUUGGCGAUAAUGAAGAGGACAAAUUUGGGCUCGAGAGUGAAGAUAGAAGGCAUGAACAAAAUGAAGCUACAAAAGGAAAGAGAGUAACGGAGAAGCAAGCGCCUUUGAGCCGCCGCGGUCGACCAAGGUCGGUAAAAAGAGGUUCUUCAUCAACUAAUUCGAACCCAUAUGAAUUUUAUUAUUAUUCCGGGUUUGGACCCUCGUGGGGCAAGCGAAGAGGUGAAAGAGGAGGAGGUGUUGGUGAAGUCAUCAGCAACAAUGACACCAAGGAAGUUGAGCAUAAUGGCACUAGUAGUACUCAUCAAAACAAUACCUCCUCUUCUUCAUCCUCUCAAAUCAAUGGUAAUACUGAAGAAUUCGAUUUCAUGGACGACGAAGAUGAUGAAGAAUACGAGGAGGAUGAUGGGAGGAGGAAGAGAAUGAGGAAGCCAGUGAAAGCGAGAUCGUUGAAGUCCCUUAUGUGAAAAAAAAGAAAAAAGAAAAAAAAAAAGAUGGGUGACCACAAGAGAAAUAAUUAGGGAGCUUAGAUUUAUGUUUUUGUUAGUUUGUGUUAAGAUUAAUGUAUUUUUGUAAUUUUUCUUUUAUGGUGAAUGUUUUUUUUAGUGUUGGUAUUGGGAGGGAGAGGGAGAGGGGGUGAGGAUGGGAUUUGCCCAACGUGACAUUGUAGGGGGGGUGUUGUGGACGGCCGGGUUGUCGGGUUAAUCCCAUGGAAGCCGAAGGGCAGUUUUGUAAAUCCGCAAAGUGUUGGAUCUUUUGUUCUUAUGCUCGGAUUACGUGGCAGUCACCGAUUUCUCGUGUUUAAUUUUUAACUUUGUAAAAUAUAUUUUUAUUAAAAAA